AUGGAGCCCGAUAUUCUUGAGCCCUCGUGGUCGUACAGUGAAGGUAUAACAAUAAGCUCAGCUUUUGAUCAAGAUGAGUCUUAUGACUUCAACGUGGACGCCCUUUUGUUCCCCACUUCAGAGGCUACGUCUUCUACAAUCUCGUACACUGAUCACGUCUAUCGCCCAAUUGAUGAAGAACACGACCUUCAACUCCCAUCACUGAUUGAAAAUUCCUCUUCGGAUCUUGAUGGUUUUGAUCCCACUUCGAGUUCUCAAAGUCUGGGUAUUAUUCGUGGAUACCCACAAGAAAGUGAGGGAAGCUUUCUAUCACAGAACUUGUGUUCUGAGGGAGAAGAUGCAUGGAGUCCAGCCCCAUCGAUGCAAUCAGACAUAUUUACAGUAGUACAACCACAACCAUCACUGAUCAUACCAGAAGAAGACAUGGAGAUGGAGAACCAAUUGAGUCUUCCCCAUCUUCUGGAAGCCACUGGAGAAGCCUUAGAGCAAGGACAGAAAACACUUGCGCAAGUGAUUCUGAGAUGCAUCAGCCACAAAGUAAGCCCUCUUGGUGAUCCUCUUGAACGUCUGGCAUUCAAUUGGUCCCAAAAUCAUGAUCCUACUGAGCAAGGGAGUUCCAUCAAACAGGAGGCCUGCAAGAUGUUCCACCACGUUUUCAAGGCUAUCUACCAAGGCCUCCCACAUGGCAAAAUUGCUCAUUUUGCAGCCAACUCAGCAAGCAUAGAAUUUAUACCAGAGGAUUCAGACAUCAUACAUGUAAUAGACUUCGAUAUGGGAGAAGGGGCUCAAUGGCCGCCACUGAUAGAGGCUAUUGCUCAUCAACAAAAGACAUUGAAACUAACGUCAAUCAAAUGGGAAGAAGAUGAUAGCUUUGAUACCAAUUUUAUUUCAACCCAAUGGAAAUUUGAAGAAAUCAGAAGGAAACUCUACGAGCAUGCCAAAUCAUGUGGUUUGAAUUUGAAGGUGGAGGAACAGAGUAUGGAGGAACUGGCGGCAGAGCUCAAAAAAUGGAACGAAAGGGGCGGGCAUGGAAAUGGAAAGAGAAAUUUCGUGGCCUUCAAUUGCAUGGUGGGUCUUCCACACAUGGGCAGGGUCAGAAGCAGGAGCCAUGUCUCGGAAUUUCUGCAAGUAGCCAAGGAUUUCAUCAAAAGUUCAACUUCAGGGAAUUAA